AUGGAACCAGAGGAUUUGCGUGAGAGCCCCGCCGGCUCCGGAGAGUCAGACACGGGCGAUUGGAGGGACGUAAUCCCGGAUGGAGAUGCGGAGGUUAAGGCUGCCGAAACUAACGAAACAACAGCCGAAACUACGCUUAGAGACACCUGCGAGGAGGAAGGAGAGAUUAAGAAACCACUUAGUCCUGAAGAGCAUUUACAUAGUCCUUAUGAAGAGGAACUGGAUCCUAGAAUUCAGGAAGAGUUGGAGCAUCUCAAUGAAGCCAGUGCAGAAAUCAACAAACUGGAACUACAGUUGGAUGAUGCCAGAUCCGGGUACAGGAAGAUCCUCACAGAGUCUGCCAGGAAACUGAAUGCUCAGAGCUCUCAACUUGGGGGCUGUAUUGAGAAAGCAAGACCAUAUUAUGAAGCUCGCCGCCUUGCAAAGGAGGCGCAGCAGGAGACCCAGAAGGCAGCGUUGAGCUACGAGAGAGCUGUUUCAAUGCACACAGCAGCCAGGGAGAUGGUCUACGUAGCAGAGCAGGGCCUGAUGGCUGACGGCAAGAACACCCUGGAUCCUACCUGGCAGGAGAUGCUCAACCACGCUACCUCCAAGGUGAACGAGGCUGAAGAGGAGCGACUCCGCAGUGAGAGGGAGCACAUGCGGGUCACCCACGCCUGUCAGGAGGCCGAGGCCCGCGUCCAGAUGCUGCAGAAGUCCCUCAAAAGAGUCAUCCUCAAGUCCAAACCAUACUUUGAGCUCAAAGCCCAGUUCAACCACAUACUGGAGGAGCACAAAUCCAAAGUGCUGCAGCUGGAGCAGCAUGUGGCCAAAGUGAAGACCCGCUACUCCAUCGCCCUGCGGAACCUGGAGCAGAUCAGCGAGCAGAUCCACGCCCAGAGGGGGCAGGACCAAGCUGAGGGGGGGCGGCUGAGCAUAUGUGUAGGGCGGAGUCCCCCUGUUGGUGCGGAGUCUGACAUCAGAGUUCAGGAAGAAGGCGGGGCCUGCGGUGGCGGUUCAAUGAUGAAGGAUCGAGUGGAUGCAGCCAUCGAUCUGGUGGAGAAAUAUAAGGAGAAGGAGAGCGAAAAGGAGAGGGAGCGGGCGGGAUCCGAUUCCCUUUCUGUAUUCAGCCUGCAGACCAUCGCUUCCGACCUGGAGAAAUACGACUCCAUCGAGCACCUCGGAGACCUCAGCGAUGUGGGGAGCGUAACUGGGGAUGAUGGGGAGAAAGAGAAAGGUGGAGUGAAGGAAAAAAGAGACAAGCUGACUGAAACGACCGCUAAAGAGCGCCAACAGCAGUUCUACAAGGCGCAUCACCGCAGCUUCAGCUUGUGAGAAGACACAACAGCUGUGCAGUUUUUAAUCUAAGACUCCAAAAAUAAAAUUAACGUUAAACUGCAAAGAGCCAAAGUAUUAACCAAGGCUGCAACUUGUAAAACUUGCAUUUUCCCAACUAAAUGACUAAAAAUUCCGUCUAAAACUUGCAGAUUAGGUACAUAAUGUCUAUCACACUUAACUGAGCUCCAGAGUUGUGUCUUAAAGGGUUACUUUGGAUUUAUUGCAGUGCUUUUCCAUGAAGUUCUUCUCUGUAGUCAGUUUAGUAGAUGAAGUAGACAGGAGUACUGGUGUUGAAGAUAAACAAAGCACUGCAGUGGACGGCAGUGGUGGCAAAACAGAAUUUACCCACUUGAAAAAAAAUCAAUAUCAGUUUAAGCGUAUGUUUCUUUUAAAGCAUUUUCAGCUCUUUACCUUGUCAUCAAAGAUCCCUUUCCCACUGGUAACUAGCUGUUAUAUCACACUCCUCAAAGCAGUAACUUUACUUGAGAACAUAGAAGUUGCAAAAUAACACAAACUUUGGCUUUAGUCCCUCUAGAUCCUCUCCAACUUGGCAGCUUUGUCAAAUUAUAUAUUGUGAUAAAUAUCAAUAUUGGUCAUGAAGAAAAAUCUUUUCAUAGUUUUUAACGUUCUGCUGCUUGCAUCCACAACAAUACGUUGUUUAGCCUCUUUAUCACCACUCUUAUCCAAUUCUCCAAAAUAGAGUUGUACUGACCGCCAUGCUCUGUAGUUAAAUGCACCAUCAUGCAGCCACGCUUAAAAAAAAUAUGAACUACCCUUUUAAAGUGUCUCAUGUUGUCAGACCAACAGGGCAAAAGCCAGAUGUUAAAGCAUUAUGAAAAUAGUGGAAUUAGUGGUGAAUUAUUUAAAACAGAGCUGGUGUAAAUGUAUGCUGCAUAGUGUAUAUAAGCACACAUUCUCUGACUGAUAACACUGAUCAUGUUGCGACUUAGCUGGAACACUACUGACAUCCCUCCAGGACAGUGAUAUUUUACUGUCCUGUAUAUCCACUCCCUCAAAGCAUGAAAGAACUAAGAAGCGAGAUCAAAUGGCUCCGUUUGGAAGGACAUAUUUAGAAAGGCAUCGCUUCCUCCCUUCCUUUCUUUUGGUUUCCCAGGCUAAUCGCUGAUCUAAUUUGGGGCGACUGAUGAAAACAAUCCCCUUCAGUCAUGUGGAGUCAGAUCGCUUUAAGGUGGAGGGGUCUCUCUUCGCCGAGUCAUCAAGUAAAGGGAAAAAUGACAAAAACGCUUCUCUAGGGCGCACGUCUGAAUUCACAUUUCAUGUAUUUAUUUACUGUAUCGUGCUGAAAAGUAGAGCUACUUUUUUCGGCACAGGAGAAUGCGUUUUUUGAAAAUUCCUGGAAUGAUGGCAAGAAUGAAACACAGCAUGCACUCCUACACAUUUAUGACAUGUAUUCAGGGCUAUAUGAUAAACAAACACUGACGCAACAUGGAAACUGACUCCUUUUCUUGUUUUAUCUGUCAGUGCAUUGUAGUUUGGUGCUGCAGAAGCCUUUCCUGAGCUGUUAUUAUAUUGAUAUUGUUUACAUUGGUACAAGUGGAUAUUUUUGUUGCUGCAAAAGCAUUUUAGUUUUGUUUUUGCUUCUUUAUUUUUUUAUUGUAGGUUGAAGUGUGCCUUGACACAGAACACAUCUAGUGACAAGUCAUUUGUUGCAAACAGUUUUUUUUUGAGCCAUUUAUAGAACAAUUCUUGCCCUUUUUAUGCUUUUUAAAACUGUUAGAAUGACGAGCGUAAAGACAUACUAUAUAACUGUUUUCCUUUUCAGUGCUCUUUUUUCUUUUAUAAUGUACUUUGAUUGUCAAAGUGUGAGAAAAAGAAAACAAUGAAGUCGAGAAGACUUGUAAAUGUAUGUAAUUAUUACAAAGCUGGAAAAUAUCGACAUGUACAGUUUCAUGUGUUGCCGAUUUGAAUAUUUAAUUGUACAAAUUUGCUGUACAGAUGUUCUGCAUCUCCACUGUUUACUGUUAAUAUUUAAAUCCUAAUUAACGCUGUUUCUCAGAAACAUCUCGCACCUUCGCUGCUGUCUUAACAGUUUUGUCCUCACCCUUUUAAUGACUUAAACUACUUGUGAAAUUGUCAGGAUGUCACAGUUUCCAGUUUAUGCAUCGUCAUUACUAUAAUCAAUAAAACACCUCAUAAUUCUU